ACGACAGACUAGGUAAGACGGAGCCGCGUUUAGUUUCUCCUCGCGACUCCUUUAGUUCUCUGUCACGCACUGCCCGGUAUGCCUGAACCCGCCAAGUCCGCUCCUGCCCCGAAGAAGGGUUCCAAGAAGGCCGUCACCAAGGCGCAGAAGAAAGACGGCAAGAAGCGCAAGCGCAGCCGCAAGGAAAGCUACUCCAUCUACGUGUACAAGGUGCUGAAGCAGGUGCACCCCGACACGGGCAUCUCCUCCAAAGCCAUGGGCAUCAUGAACUCUUUCGUCAACGAUAUCUUCGAGCGCAUCGCCGGCGAGGCGUCCCGCCUGGCGCAUUACAACAAACGCUCCACCAUCACGUCCCGGGAGAUCCAGACGGCCGUGCGUCUGCUGCUGCCCGGGGAGCUGGCCAAGCACGCCGUGUCCGAGGGCACCAAGGCCGUCACCAAGUACACCAGCUCCAAGUAAUCUACUUGGCAGCGAACAUCCUAACUUGCAACCCCAAGGGCUCUUUUCAGAGCCACCUA